CUUUAGGAAGAAACAGGCCAAUCCCUUUCAAGUUGGUAAAUGGCUCUUAGAAACUAACCAGUGCUAGACUUUCAAAGGAUGGGUCCUAAUGUGGUAUGCGCUUGCAUACCAAUCCACAGGUGUUAUCUAUGGAGACAUUGGAACAUCUCCUCUCUACGUCUACUCGUCCACCUUCACAAGCGAACCCUCUCAUGAGGAUCUCGUUGGAGCGUUGUCUCUAAUUAUUUACUCAGUCACUAUCAUGGUUACGAUCAAAUACGUGCUGAUCAUCCUUUCCGCCGACAAUGAAGGAGAAGGCGGUUCCUUUGCCAUGUAUAAUCUCCUAACCCGCUAUAGUCAUAUUACCAACCACGAUCCAAGAAGAAAAUCCCAAUUCACAUUCGAAAGGUAUGGAGAUGCCGAGAUGAAGUCUACGAAUCGAGCGGUUCGCAGCUUCAUUGAACGUGAAUGGAUUAUGAAGAUUCUCCUCAAAGUCCUGGCAGUCUUGGGCGUCAGUAUGAUCCUGGCAGAUAGUAUUCUCACACCAGCACAAUCCGUUCUUGGUGCAAUACAAGGUCUCCGAGUUGUCAAUGAAGACAUAUCCACUAGCACCAUCAUCGGGGCGUCAUGCGCUAUCCUCAUCCUCCUCUUUCUUCUACAGCCGUUGGGUAUACAUCGUCUUGCCAGUACUUUCGCCCCAAUUGUGAUCAUCUGGCUUACAUUCAACAUGUCAUUCGGUAUCUAUAACCUUACUCAUUACGAUCACUCCGUCUUGAAAGCGUUCUCUCCAUAUUUCGCCGGCAACUACCUCAUGCGAAACAAGACAGACGGUUGGAUGUUCCUUGGAGGCAUUCUUCUCUCCUUCACUGGAGUGGAAGCAAUGUUUGCAGAUAUGGGAGCAUUCUCUCAACGAGCCAUUCAAAUUUCAUGGCUUGGAUUUGCCUAUCCAUGCCUCCUCCUGGCCUAUAUCGGGCAGGCUGCAUAUAUCUCGGUCCACCCGGCAGCGUAUUCGAACCCAUUCUUCAACUCGGUUCCUCCGGGAAUGUUCUAUCCUGCCCUCAUUGCGUCCAUCCUUGCCGCAGUUGUCGCCAGUCAGGCGUUAAUCACAAGUACGUUCCAAUUGCUUUCGCAGCUUAUGAACACAUCUUACUUCCCUCAUAUUUCGGUGAGGUACACUUCGGAUCGGUUCCAUGGGCAAGUUUACAUACCUACUGCUAACUGGAUUAUGAUGUGUGGGACUGUGCUUGUCACUGCUGUGUUCAACAAUACUACGAGUUUAGGCCAUGCGUACAGGUUUUGUGUCAUUGUGGUAACUUUUAUUGACACAUGGAUGGUAUCCCUUGUUGCCCUGAUCGUAUGGCAACUGCAUAGUCUGCUCGUGUUCAUCGUAUGGCUGCCGAUAGUUACCCACGAUGGUCUAUACCUCUCGACUGCUGUUACCAAGAUCCCUCGAGGAGCUUGGUUUACCCUCAUGCUCGCUAUUAUCAUGGCGUCCUUCUUCAUAGUUUGGCGCUACGGCAAGGAAAGGCAAUGGACAGCAGAAGGAAAAACCUGCCAAAUCUCAAGGACAUGCUCACGAAAGACAUGGAUUCGGAGCUUAAGUUCACGGAUGAGUGGGGCGGAGCUGAGAUUGGGGAUGGGCAUUUUCUUCGACAAGACAGGAGAUCGUGUUCCAGCUGUUUACGAGGAGUUCCUCCGCAAAUUUGAAGCGCAGCCUGAAGUCUGUGUGUUCAUGCAUCUGCGCGCUUUGCAUGUUCCUUACGUAAGUCCUGACGAGGAAGAUCAAUACACCGUCACCCGCACCCAAUUCAAGAACACCUACCGCGUUAUCAUCCGAUACGGCUAUAAAGACCAGGUCAUCCACCCACAUCUAGGAUCGCACGUCUACUCUGCCCUCCGCCGGGCCAUCAUUCCCACUGCUCCUGCGCCCCCCCUCUCCGAGGGUGCCUCCAUCGUGGUACAACAGUUUACAUUGUCGAGUCCUACUGCAGAAACCCCUGCGGCGGCUGACCAUGACUAUCAUGCGGGUAUCUUUAAUGGGAUUGAUAUCCCGACCGCGAGACGGUUGACGAUGUUGGAUGACUCUUUUGAGAAGCAGGUGAUUUAUAUCGUCGGAAAAGAGCAGUUGCAUGUCCUACCAAAGAGGAACAAUAUUUGUAAGAGGCUGUUGCUGGGCCUCUUCGUAUGGGUUAGGGAGAAUACAAGAGAGAAGAUCGCGAGGAUGCAGAUCCCGAUUGGGAAGCUUGUCGAGGUUGGUUUCGUGAGAGAGAUUUGA